AACCUUCGGUGAGUGAUGGGUCUGCCCACUCCUCCUGUUGCCCAGCAGCCCUUUGCUGAUGUGGCUGCCCUCCCUCUGCCACCCCGAAGAGAGCUCUCCCAGCAGCCCCACUUGGCCUCCAGCCCAAGAGAUGAGGCCCUGGUGCAGCUGCUGCUUCAGCGCUGGGGUGACCAAGUGUCGGGCCUGGAUGAGGCCAGGACUGUGGAGUACGAGGUGCUGCUGUCCUUCCCCAGCCCGGAGCACCCCAACCUCAUUGAAGUUGUGGGUCCCGAUGGAGCUGUUCUCCACUCCUACCUACCGAAAGAGGAGAAUGUGACCGGGGAGCAGGGCGGGCCUGAUGUGGUGCAACCCUAUGCGGCCUAUGCACCCCCUGGAACCCCACAGGGCCUCCUCAUCUAUGCCAACCAUGGCACGGAAGACGACUUCCAGUACCUAUUCAACCAGGGCAUCAACCUCCAAGGCACCAUUGCCCUGACUCGCUAUGGCAUGGCAGGGCGGGGGGCCAAGGCUGUGAACGCUGCCAAGUAUGGGGUGGCUGGGGUGCUGGUGUACACGGACCCUGGUGACAUCAACGAUGGUCGCAGCUUCCCCAACGAGACCUUCCCCUACUCUUGGGGCCUGCCUCCCUCUGGUGUGGAGCGGGGCUCCUACUAUGAAUAUUUCGGGGACCCUGUGACUCCCUACCUUCCAGCACACCCCUCUUCCUUCCGCCUGGACAGCAACAAUGCCUCCGGAUUUCCCCCCAUCCCGGCACAGCCCAUCGGCUUCCGGGACGCUGAGGACCUGCUCUGCAACCUCCGGGGGCUCCCAGCCCCAGUGUCCUGGAAGGGUGCGCUGCACUGUGAGUACCACCUGGGCCCUGGUUUCAAGUCUGGUGAAAAUUUCACUGCAGACAGCCAGGUGAAAGUGAGUGUCCACAACCGCCUGGAGCUAAGGAACUCCUCCAAUGUCCUGGGCAUCAUCCGAGGGGCUGUGGAGCCUGAUCGCUAUGUGGUGUAUGGAAACCACCGCGACAGCUGGGUACAUGGGGCUGUGGACCCUAGCAGUGGCACUGCUGUCCUCCUGGAGCUAUCCCGAGUCCUGGGGACCCUGCUGAAGAAGGGCACCUGGCGUCCCCGCAGAUCGAUCGUGUUAGCCAGUUGGGGAGCAGAGGAGUUUGGGCUCAUUGGCUCCACUGAAUUCACAGAGGAGUUCUUCAGCAAGCUGCAGGAACGCACGGUGGCCUACAUCAACGUGGACAUCUCGGUGUUCGCCAAUGCUACCCUUAGGGGGCAGGGGACGCCCCCUGUCCAGAGUGUCAUUUUCUCUGCAGCCAAAGAGAUCAGCUCACCGGGCUCCAGCGGUCUCAGUAUCUAUGACAACUGGAUCCGGUACACCAACCGCAGCAGCCCAGUGUACGGCCUGAUCCCCAGUAUGGGCACACUGGGUGCCGGCAGUGACUAUGCGCCCUUCAUUCACUUCCUGGGCAUCUCUUCCAUGGACAUCGCCUACACCUAUGACCGGAGCAAGACCUCGGCCCGGAUCUACCCCACCUACCACACAGCCUUCGACACCUUAGAAUACGUGGAAAAGUUUGUAGAUCCUGACUUCAGCAGCCACCAAGCCGUGGCCCGGAUGGCAGGAAGUGUGCUUCUUCGGCUCAGUGACAGCUUCUUCCUGCCCCUCAAAGUCAGUGACUACAGUGAAACCCUCCGCAGCUUCCUGCAGGCUGCCCAGCAAGACCUUGGGGCCCUCUUGGAGCAGCACAGCAUCAGCCUGGGGCCUCUGGUGACUGCAGUGGAGAAGUUUGAGGCAGCAGCCACAGCCUUGGGCCAGCGCAUAUCAGACCUGCAGAAGGGCAGCCCUGACCCCCUGCAGGUCCGGAUGGUCAAUGACCAGCUGAUGCUCUUGGAACGGACAUUCCUGAACCCACGAGCCUUCCCCAAGGAACGCUACUAUAGCCACGUGCUCUGGGCACCCCGGACAGGCUCUGUUGCCACAUUCCCUGGCCUGGCCAAUGCCUGCUCCAGGGCCAACACCCCCCAUGGAUCUGAAGAAUGGGCUGAGGUGCACAGGCAGCUCAGCAUUGUGGUGGCAGCCCUGGAGGGUGCAGCAGCCACCCUGAGGCCUGUGGAUGACCUCUGACCCCAACCUUCUGUCCUAACCUUCUCCCACUUGUUUUCAUGGGGUGUUUUCCCUGAGGCCAGGAGUGGACAUAACCAUGGUAUCCUCUCAAGCUUCUAAGGUAACAGCUGGGGCUUCCACCACCUGCAGACACCCAAGAGGAGAACCCAGCUCCCAAUGAGUUUUGCUCUUUGUGGGCAGAGUAAACAGACAGGUGGAGAAUGGAAAGACAAGGAACUGUUCACGAUGCUGGGUGGGUAAGAUAAGAUGCAUAAUGCCAGUCCUAGAUGCCAACUCAGAGACCACCAAGUCUACCCCUCAGGCUCCAGCAGGGAAAUUGAGCCCUAGCGUGGACAGGACCUUGCCAAGUCUGCUUUCCCCUCUCCUCAUGUUUAGUGUCUCAUCACCCCUCUAUGCAUCCCAAGUAAAUAAAGUCUGAUUAGUCCCUAUAAAA